GGGAAAUUCCCCAAUUCCUUCCGCUUCUUCUUCCUUCUCCGCCCGCCGCCAUCUUUCUUGGUCAGAUCCAACAAACCUAGCUUCGCCUACCCUGCAAUUCUUCCUCGACCCGACCGUACAGUUCUUUGCGCCAUGGCCCCUGCUUGCGUCCUGCUCGACCGCGCUGUUUACUUCCGCAAGCAUCCCGUAGCGGGCGUGGUCGGCGGCACCACCCGGCGGCAAUCAUCAUCAGAGCCGAUUCCAAGCGUUGACGCCAUCGAAGCAGAUAUUGCCAGGUACAUGCUGGCCAUGACGCCAGAUCUGCAGGUCGUGGACCCCCCGGGGGUAAGCUGCCUCACCAUGGUGCGGCCGCACCCAUCCCAUCCGUUCCGAAAACACGGAUACGUAUGGAACGAGCAGUCCGGCAUGGCCGUCGCCGCCGACAAGAACCUGGUCCUCAUCUACGUCGGCUCCUACCGCCCAAUCUCCAAGUACGGGGGAUGCUACCUGCUCGUGGACACCGCAUCUUCCUCGCUCUCCAGGAUCCCCGGUGUCCACCACAACUCCUAUCCUUACUCGUGCGUCGGCUCCGCCGGGGCCGUCAUCAUGGCACGCGAAGGUGGCUCCUUCGUCCUGGCCGAGCUGCUCUUCAAACUCCCCUCGCCCGCCGAGCCCGGGGUGCCUGGGUUCGCCAAGCUCUGUCUCUGGCAGCGCAGCGAGUGGGUCUACAGGGUUGGCCGCCUCCCUGCCGAGCUGCGCCACACGUGGAGGCUUCACAAGUCCUUCUCCGUCCAAAGCAGGAACCUCUUGUGCUGGGUUGAUCUUCUCCACGGAUUGCUGCUCUGCGAUCUGGGACGCAAUGGCGAGGUCGACUCGCCGGACUUGGGCAUGUCUUUUGUUCCGCUGCCCCAUAGCUGCUCCAUCGGCGAACACCACCACCGGCGGCUGAUCCCGCAAGACUUCUGCACCAUGGCCUGCGUCGACGGCACCAUCAAGUUUCUCACGAUGGAGGGCUUCGUGGAACACAACCCAAUUGCGCUCGUUACCUUUGCCCUGGACCUGGAUGGGCCAUCCCCUACCUGGAUGAAAGACAGGGUGCUGCGUCUAGACGAUCUCUGGGCAGACAAGACACUUAUCUCCAAGGGUGUUCCGCGGAUCACGCCAUUGUUCCCUAUGCUGAGCACGCAGGAACAUGAUGUAGUCUACCUUGUCAUUGGGGGUCGUGUGGAUGACGUGGAAGGCUACAAGGUUGAAAGAGCGCAGCUCCUGCUUUCUGUUGACAUGCGCAAAGCCAUGGUCAUCUCCGCCACCCAGGACAAUUCCCCAAGAACAUUGUUGCGUUGGCGUCGCAUCCUUGUCAUCAAUGCCUCCUAGUGGUGCUCAACAUCUUAACAGUGAGCGGUGGAAGCAAUUGGGAUGGGGGCAAGUGGAAAAAAGAUGAAGUUUGAAUGACCUCCGCAACCGAAUCAUGUGAAGUUGAAACUUUGGAUGAUCUAUCUCUUCGUUAUAUCAUGUGUAAUUAAGCAUCAUUACAUGGUCUUUCUUAGCUGUUGGGGAGAGCAUGGUUGAAUGUGUUCUAUUUUAACUAGGACCUGGUCAAUAUUAUUGGUAACUUAUGAUCGGAUAUUAGUAGCUGUGUUGAAUGGCUAGUGGCAUGUAAUAUUUGCCGGUUGCUGUGUGGCACUUUGGAUUCGUGUGCUUGUGGGGAUUAUCUAUGAACCAUGUACCACAACAGUGGUGGCCUUUUUAUCCUUGCUAUGCUGUUUUUUGUUUUUAUGAUUUUCA